GAUAAAUCAAAUUUCCCAUUUGAAAUAAAUGACCUUAAAGAUGCGAAGAAAGCUUUUAAUUUCUACUGUGCUGAAGAGGAAAGGAUUGAUGCUGAGCUUAAAAAUUUCAUUGAACAACAUGACCACCAAGAAACUGAAGUCUUAUCCUUACAGAAGAUGCUACCACAGCUACAGUUGAUACAUUCUGAUGCUGAACAACUUUCAAGUAUGAUAUCUUUUACAUCUGCAUUAGCAGAAAAUAUAAGCAGCAAAGUUAAGCAACUUGACGUGACAAGAAGUAGAGUUACAGAAUGCAUGCAAAGAGUGGAAGAUAUUUUAGAUUUAAAAUUCUGCACGGAUGGUGUGCAAACAGCUCUGCAGAAUGAGGACUAUGAACAAGCUGCUGCUCAUAUUCACCGUUUUUUAAGCCUAGAUCAAACAGUGCUGAAAAGAUCUGCUGCUGAUAGCAAUGAAGGGAGUAGUUUGGAUGAAGCUUUUCUUAAAUUACAUGAAGCUGAAAAUCAGCUCAAAGCCAUUGUAAUGAGAAAGUUUGAUGAUGCUGUUAGAGAUGAAGAUGUUGCAUCUGUAGAACGUUUUUUCAAAAUAUUUCCACUACUUAAUCAACAUAAUGAAGGCCUAAAGAAAUUCUCAACUUAUUUAUGUUCACAGAUUGCAGAGAAAUCUCAAAAAAACCUAAAACUGGCACAGAGUGUCUCCCCAUCUGACAAAAGAUGGACUGUAAAAUAUGCUGAUACUGCAACUCUGUUGUUUGAAGGUAUUGCCCGCAUUGUUGAGAUUCAUCAGCCUUUAGUUGAAACCUAUUAUGGGCCUGGACGAUUAUUUUCUGUGAUUGAAAUUCUUCAAAAAGAAUGUGAUCGACAAGUUAAGAGGAUUUUAGAAGAGUUUAAAGCACAGCGAGAGUUUCACAAAAAAGCUGCUGUUAUCCAACAAUUGAAUAAAAAUCCAUACCGUACAGCUGAAAGGAUAGAUCCUAGAGAGCUAGACAGUCUCCUUGCAGAAAUUACAAUUUUAAGUACAAGAUCUCAGUUGUACCUAAGAUUCAUAAGAAGAAGAAUCAUGGGAGAUAUUGAAAUAUCAUCUCCUGAUGAAAAGGUUAAGAAUGUGGAAAUUCAGCGUUUAAAUCGACUACUGAAAGAAUGUGAACUUAGUCGCUUAAUGCAUGAUUUGCUUGGCACCUAUGUUACAAUGGAAGAAUAUUUUAUGAGGGAAUCUAUUCGCAAGGCUGUGUGUAUGGAUGUAAUUGAAGAAAAUGCUCUUACUUCAAGCAUGUUGGAUGAUGUUUUUUUCAUCAUAAAGAAAUGCCUGAAACAAGCUGUAUCAAGUUCAAAUGCUGAUAUUGUGUGUGCUAUGUUAAACCACACCAACUCAUUGCUUCAGACUGAUUUUUAUGAAAUUCUCAAUGAAAAGGUAAAGCUUGGUUUUCCAUCCAGCAUGUUAGAUUUUACUCAGGCUUACAGUGUAUUUCAGUCUAGUUUGCAAAUUCAGUCAUCUGAUAUUGACAAAUCUAAAAUUGAAUUCUUAGUGACUUUAAAUAAUGCAGAAGUAGCAUGUGAGCUUGUGAGAACACUUCGAUCCAAUUUAGAGGAAGAAGUUCAAAAAAUGUUCCCACAUGCUUCCGACCAGGAUGGAGCUAAAUUAGAGCAUCUGAAUUUGUUAAUGUUCCUGUUUGAUUCUAUACAUCACCAUCAAUAUUCUCAACAGUAUGAUAUCUCACAAGCUGGUCUUCAGUAAACUAACUAAACUUUAUUACUGUCUGUAAUUAAAG